AUGCCGGAAAGACAGUCUGCCAGUAGACAAACCCAACCCCAGAUAUCUUCAUUUUUCGUCCAGGGCUCCGCGACGAAGAAGCGUGCAUUCGUUUCCUCGCACUCCCCCAUAGACUUGACUAUAGAUGAUUCUGACAGUGACACUGAAAGGCAGCCUCCUAUAAAGAAACUGAAGUCAAAACAUCCCGAGUCCCCUACAAGUCAAUGGCGUUUUGACGCCUCCUCCAGAGGGAAGCAUUCUGGCACCGCGAACGUACAAGAUCAUAAAUCGCGCUCACGAGUAGACUUGGAACGCAUUCUACUCAGAACAGGCCCACAAUCGGGACAUACUGAAGACAGAGAGAACUCGAGCAUGGACGAUGAUAGUUCUCAGGAUGGAAAUGAUUCAGACCCUGCGUUCACUGAACUCCGAGCAAUGUUCUCUCUCGUACCCACCAAAGGCAGCAAGAAAUCCCGUGUGAAGCCUAUGGUUAGGAAGACGAAAGCGGCCGCAGAGGUCGGGCCUAGUGGCGAGACUUAUUCACCCUACGAGGCUCAGGCUUUAUCAUUCAUUAAAGACCAUCCCGGGACGAUCCUAAUGAUUGAGAAGGGUUACAAGUUUUAUUUCCACGAGGAAAGUGCGAAAAUCGCCAGCGGAGAGCUCGGAAUCGUUGCUUAUAUGAAGCGGAACCUUCUCACUGCCUCUAUUCCCGUUCAUAGGAAAGAAGUACAUAUGAAGAAGCUCCUCUCCAAAGGUCACAAAGUUGGAAUUAUCGAGCAAACGGAGACAGCCGCCCUCAAGAAAGCGAGCGAGAACAAGAACACACUUUUCGAGCGCAAACUUACUCAAUUAUACACAGCGGCAACUUUUGUUGAUGAGGUCAGUUCUGUCGACGACCUUGAUAAAUACUCCGCACCGCCCCUCUUGUGUCUUGUCGAGAGUCAUAAACCCGACUCUGCUGAAGGCGAAAUCAGCAUUGGUAUGAUUGCGAUUACGCCAAGUACCGGCGACGUCAUCUGGGACGAAUUUCAUGAUACUGUCAUGCGCGUUGAGCUCGAGACGAGACUUGUCCACACAAGGCCUGCAGAAUUAUUAGUUCCCGGAGAAGGUCUUACCAAAAUGACUCAAAAGGUUUUGGCACAUUUUGCGAACGCUUCUCAUGACCAACGAAUAAGGACGGAAAAUUUCAACUCUACGCUGAGCGGCUCGGAAGCUUUUGAUUUUAUCACCAACUUUUACACGACCAAAGCUACUGCUGGCACCGAAGAGCUUAGCCCAGACAAACUUCUGGCUCUUGUUGCUGGCCUUCCGCAACUAGUUGUCAUAUCUUUAGCCCACUCCAUCAAAUACCUCUCAACAUUCAGCAUUGCAGACUCGCUUUUAGGCGUGAAGUUCUUCACAAAGUUUACCGAGAGGAGUCAUAUGCUUCUCAACGGUAAUACCAUGACUAACCUUGAAAUAUACCAGAACCAGACCGAUUUCACUACGCAUGGUACAUUGAUGUCGAUUUUGGAUCACACAUCCACGAAAUUUGGGGCACGGCUCUUAAAGAAUUGGAUUGGUAAGCCGAUGACAAACAAACUGAUCCUGAACCAGAGAAUAGAUGCUGUGGAGGAAAUCAAGUCCAGCAAGUCACCACAACUAGUAGAGCUUUGCCGUGUCUUGAAAAGACUCCCUGACCUUGCCAAGGGUCUGUGCCGCAUCCAAUACGGCAAGUGCACAUGUCAAGAACUUGCAUCCCUUCUUUCGGCUUUCGGAAAUGUUGCCAGUGCAUUUCCGGAACAUUUAGAGGAGUUUCAUUCAAAGCUCUUGAAUGAUAUUUUUUCUGCCCUCCCGAAAUUGAAAGCACCGAUAAAAGCUUUAUUGGGUGCAAUUGACAUCAGGAAAGCCAGCAGUGGCAGGAAAGGUGAGUUGUGGACAGAUCCAGAGCAAUUUCCUGCCUUGAACGAGUACAAGUUGCUAAUCGAAACUGUCAAGUCAGAACUUGAUGAGGAGCUGAAAUCCAUCCGUAAACUCCUCCGAAAACCAUCCCUCGCAUGGACGACUAUCGCGGGCAUUGAGUACUUGGUUGAAAUCAAGAAAUCUGAAGAUCGAACGGUGCCCACCAAUUGGGUGGUGAUGUCUGCAACCAAGUCCCUGAGGCGUUAUCAUACCCCUGAGGCCAAGAGGCUCAUUGACGAGUUAUCUCGGUAUAAAGAAGCUCUCAAUGCGGAAGCUAACAAAGCUUUUGCAUCGUUCCUCAGUUCCAUUGCUUCAGACCACUACUCAGUAAUGCGAGAUGUAGUCAAUAAGUUAGGUACAGCGGAUUGCCUACUGAGUCUGGCACAUGUGGCCCACCAAGAAGGGUACGUUCGACCAGAGUUCACCGAAGAGGAUUCCCUGGAAAUAGUAGAAGGACGACAUCCAAUGAUUGAGGCAUUGCGAACGGAUCCCUUCGUUCCGAACACGUUAUGCAUUGGAGGUGAUUAUCCUAGGAGCAGUGUAAUUACGGGACCCAACAUGGGUGGAAAAAGUUCUGUUGUGCGCAUGGUUGCUCUCAUUGCAAUUAUGGCCCAAAUUGGAUCCUAUGUACCUGCUAAAGCUGUUAGGCUUGGCCUUUUGGAUGGCGUUUUCAGCAGGAUGGGAGCGUCCGAUGAACUCGCUCGCGGACGGUCAACUUUCAUGGUAGAGAUGGCACAGACGAGCGACAUACUACAAAAGGCAACUCACAAAAGUCUAGUAAUUCUUGACGAGUUAGGAAGGGGUACAUCCACUGCUGAUGGGAUGGCCAUUGCGGACGCUGUCCUUCAUCAUCUAGUGGAACGCGUGAAGUGCAAGACAUUGUUCAUCACACAUUAUCCGCUAGUAGCCACAGAGUUGGAAAGAAAAUUCCCCGAGGAAGUGCAAAAUUUGCACAUGAGCUAUACAACGGAAAUGCGAGUAAAUGGAACUCGGGAUGUGACAUUCCUGUAUCAACUCACACCUGGCAUUGCUUUGGAGUCGUUUGGAGUUGAGUGUGGUCGCCUUGCAGGUCUUCCGGAUGAUAUUCUUCGUAUUGCAUCAGAGCGCUCUGAGCUUUGCAGGAAUGUCACUGAACAGCGCACACGACGCUCCAGGUCGGUGCAGCAUGCUUGUCAUCCACCCCCUUUUAGCUUGACACUUUUACAGGACACGCAAACUUAUGGGUGCCAUUGCUCGUGCUCUUUCAACGCAAGAUGCAAUGAGACUGGAAGAACUCCGAACUACAGUACGGCAGUUUACGAUUGA